AAAAUAGAGACAUUAGGGGAGGUGGGAUUUUGUGAGUUAAGUUUACUUGCUAUAGGGCAGUCUGGUUUCGUCUACCAGUUGCAGGGUCCCGGCAGCACAUCCCCAGCCAAAAAUUUCUAAGGUCCAGUUCAGACGCCGAACUUUUCAUGAGCCGAACCUAAUUCGAAUUAAGGCCGACCCAAACUAUUAAGACUUCCUAAAUUGAUUCAGACGCCAGCUGAACUAAAUUCAAAAGGAGAAAAAUGCUCGUUUUGGUCAAACCGCUGGCAAAAUAUGCGUUGCUAAUUGAUUCAGACGCCGAACUUUUCGUGUAUUUAAUUCAAUGUAUUAGGUUCGGCUAAUCGGAAAAGCUCGGCGGCGUCUGAACCGGGCCUAAAGUACAAUCCCCAUUUGAUUCGGGAUUAAUGUUGUAAAAACGUUCGCCAACUUGGGCCAUGAUGGGAUCUUACAUCUUUUGUAAACAAGGCCAACUACGCUAUGAAAAUCAAAAGUCUAUUUUGGUUGGUUUCCAUGGUGAAUAAUAAGUUCCAAACGAACGGCGAUCUUUGGAACCUAAGUUAAACGAAUUACUGCAAGGAAUCGAGCACAUUGUAAAGCUGUUUUGUGUCAUGCGCAGUUGAGUCUUGCUAAAAACCAGUGUCUGAUUGACCAAUGAAAAGUCUUAUUUUGAAUGGUUUUUAUAGAGACAAAUUGCAUUGUUCUUUGGAGUGAAGCUGAUUACUAAUUACUAAUUAAUUUAUCAAAUGGUUUGUUAUUUGGUUGGUAUAAAAUCUAAUUACAUUACUAACUGGUCAGGUGAACUUAACCAAUUAUAUGUCCUGUUUUUGCCUUGUUUCCAUAGCGAACAAAACAUUACAAUAAGCUGAAUCCAGUGGCGAGGAAGAUAUUCCGUACUUUGCAUGGAAUUCAACCAAUAAAAUGCUAUGUUUUGUUGAGUUUCUAUAGAAAAUAAUUGCUUAAACAAUAAAUAGAUUGCCUUUAUUUUCUUACAGUCCUGGCCGAUAUAUUUAUCACUCUUACAUUUCAAUCAAACAUCUCCUGACCGACAGAACUGAGAGCGCGAUGGAGCAAAGUCAAGGUACUGCUGCUGUAGUUAAAAAUGCUGACUUUUUUCAAUUUCUUCUUAUAUUCCUCGCUUAACGCGUAAGUAUAUCCAAACGGAACAACACAUUCCAUCACUCUGAAAUUUAAAGAAAAUGUUAUAAUAUAUACGUUGGACGGCGAUUUUGCGUCCCAGAAAAAAUACCGAAGUUCAAAUGUCAUUUCAGAUACAUAAUGUACCCUCCAGGAGUUCUUUUAAUUUGGUUCAAAUGGUGUACAGCACCAUCCACUAAAUAAAUCAUUAUUGACUACACUACCGAUUGACUGGAUAACAACAGGGGCCAGGAUAAUAAAAAAAUGAGAACAACCUGAAAUGUUUUUGUUUGUACACUUUUGAAACUGUAUAAAACGUACAUUAAUUCAAAUUGAUUAGACUCAGUAAAAUAUCAGUAAAAAGUUUCAUUGAAAACUUUGUCGAUCAGGCAACACAAAAAAAUUACGUUUUUUUUUCAAGAAAAUAUCGAAGUUUUGUGCUUUAACAGAAUAGUGAGAUAACGUUUAAAAAAUCAAUGUUUGAACAUCCAGUGAGACAUUCGGCUUUCUCGUGUUUGACGUCUUGAAAAGCAGAACAUGACUCAAAAUUUUUUUAAAAGAGAGCUUUCCUGAACAUUACUAGGUAUCUCUCCAGUUUGUUUGAAAAUAAUGAUUUUUUUGUGAUUUAGUAACACUAUCAGGGGACGCAAUUUAAACCCUCCUCAAAUCGCUUUCGUCGUCAGUAUCUACUGUACCAUCCUCCUUCAGAGUAGAAAAUUACCUGGUUGUUUCUUUUUAUCUUUUUAUUUGAAAUGUAGUCGGUAACUGUGGAGCUGUUUUAUUGUUCUUCAGAAAUUCGACAACAGCAUCUGCUUCCUUCAAGAUCCAUGGCAUGGCGGCUUCCCCAACCAGCGCUGUGCUAUAUUCCACAAGUACAAUGGUAAAAUUGUUUAAUUGGUUAGAAAUAAUAGACAAUUCUAGGUAGAAACAAAAUUUAAAAGAGAUAUGUUCUCUUUUAGGACUUACAGCGUUCCAUUUCGUCAUGCAAAUAUACCUAGCAGUGGAAAACAAGUAACUUUGCCAGAGAAAGCUCGCCGCUUACGACCCCAAUGCCACAUCUGCUUCAAGACUUUCUCCAAAUCUGGAGCAUUGAAGGUACGUACUUUAAAUAGUUGUGUCCUUGUUUUUAACAUUUAUAUAAGUGACGUUACAACCAAGCACUAGGUUUUCUCAAGGACACCUAAGAAUCCGCAGACAGGGAGUGUGAGGCAAGGGGGGGAGGGGAGGUGCUUUUGGACAGAGGGUAGUUUUUAGCCUCUUCUACUGAAUGACGACAAACAGUAGGAGCGUAUAUUUUGCAAGUUGGAAGAAAGCCUCACUCCCUCGACUGCUAUAAACCACCGACACCCGCCCCUCGGUGCAUAUCCAAGAUGGCCGCCCGUACCGGUAGGCGAUCGAUCUUAACAAUCGUACAAAAACAUAGGGGACUGUGUCUACCCCAGUGAUUUUAUGGAGAGAUUGCUGACUUUAUACAAGUUACUGUUUUUUUUGUCUUUAGGUCAGAGUUUCGUACCCUCAGGGACCGCCUAACAAACUACAAAGAUGUAUUAUGUAUGUUUUUGUUUUCCAGGUGCACAUGCGAGUUCACAGUGGUGAAAAGCCGUUUCAGUGUCGUUUCUGUCCUAAAGCUUUCGCUCAAUCCGGGAACCUCAUUGCGCAUGAGCGGAUCCACACAGGAGAAAAACCAUAUCAGUGUGAAAAGUGCGGGAAACGUUUCACCCAGUCCUCGGCGUACAAGAAUCACUUGUACAUACACAUCAAACUACGUUUGAACGAGGUCAAUGAG